CCCUAAUCUCCCGAUCUGAUAACAUUAAAGGCGCGCCUCCGCGUCGGUCCUUCAGGACCCUUCUUCCCUUCCCAUAUCCUCGGGUCCAGACGCUACCACCACCGCCUAGAGACGACACGUCAAGCGGAUCGGACCGCACGUGCGCACGUUGCAGCUGCAGGCAACAUCCGAUUGUGACAGGCUGUCAAGAUGGCGGUCCUAGACAAGGUUAGAACCUUCUUCCUUGGCGAUGCAGCCAAGUCCAAAGAGGAGAGGAGGCUGGUGCGGAAGCUUGACGUGUUUAUUAUGACCUACUGCUGCUUCAGCUACUUCUUCAACUUCCUGGAUCGCGCUGCCUUUGCCAAUGCAUACGUCGCUGGCCUUCGCGAGGCCUUGAACAUGACCGGAGUGGAGUAUAAUGGUGUCCUUGCUAUCACGACAGCCGGCAUGGCGGUCAGUCAAGUCUUCCACGGCAUCAUCAUCCAAAAGGUCGCUCCCAGAAUCUGGCUUCCGUCCAUGGUAGUAGUCUGGGCCGGCCUGACCAUGGCCAGCGCCGCCGUCAAGACGGUCUCGCAGUUGAUGGCGAUCCGCUUCCUCCUCGGCCUGGCCGAGGGCAGCACGUACGCGGGCACCAUCUACAUCAUCGGGUCGUGGUACAAGCCGCUCGAGAUCGCCAAGCGCACCGCCAUCUUCACGGCCUCGGGCCAGGUCGGCACCAUGUUCGCGGGCGUCAUGAUGGCGGCCAUCUACAACGGCAUGGGCGGCCUGGCCGGACUGGCCGGCUGGCAGUGGGUGUUCCUGAUCGACGGCAUCAUCACCCUCCCCAUCGCCCUCUUCGGCUUCUUCUACUUCCCCGACAUCCCCGAGAUCACGCGCGCGCCCUGGCUGACGGCCAAGGAGAAGGACCUGGCCGUCGCGCGGCUGCCGCCCGUGGCCGAGGGCGGCCACAGCGUGGCGCCGCUGUCGCUGCUCAGGCGCGUGGCGCUGACGCCGGUCUUCUGGCUGCUCCUGCUCUGGUCGCCCAUCGCGCAGACGACCGAGGCGUACGCGGUGCAGAACAACCUGCUCAUCUGGCUCAAGUACCAGCAGACGCACGGGGGCCACUUCACCCAGGCCCAGGUCAACCAGUACCCGCUGGGCGUGCAGGCCGUCGGCAUCGCCGCCAACAUGCUGGCGGCCUGGCACAUGGACGCGACGGGCACGCGCGUGCCCAUGGCGCUGCUGGCGGCCGCGCUGCAGCUCGUCGUGGCGUCCAUGCUGCUGGUGCCGACGCUGCCGUUCGCGGGCACCAUGUUCGCCUUCUACCUCAACGGGUCGGCGUACAUGGUCAACCCGCUCAUCUUUGGCUGGGCCAGCGUCAUCCUGCAGCGCAGCGGCGACGACGCCGUCCGCAGCGUCACCGUGUACUGCAUGAACAUUGGGUCCAUGGUGCUCUACACCUUCUGGGGUGUCGUCUUUUACUCGGCCGACGACGCGCCGUACUGGUUCAAGGGUGGCGUCGCCAUGAUUGUGGCGUGCUUCAUCAUGAUGGGGUACACCUUUGUUAUUCACUGGAUCGACCGCACCACGAUGGCCAAGUUCAAGGAGGCAGAGGCGGCCAGGGCGCAGGCCGACAGCAAGGCGGAGCUGCCCGAGCCGUCCGAAAAGGUGUCGGGGGAGAAAGAGACCCCCAAGACGGCGGUUGCGCCGCAGUGAGCAAAUCCCAAGCCCCUGGCAGCUGCGCUUCUUUGGUGCUUGGGGGAAGGCUACACACGAGCCGGCGGGUGGAUAAACGGGGACGAUAAAAUACAGAGCGAAAGGAAAAGUAAUGUUUGUUCAAUCACGUCAACUGCUACGGCCCAUGAUGUUUUGCUCUACUUGUCUUCUCGGACCGUAACGUCAUCGCCGUUCAAGUGUCUUGUUGAACUUGGUCCAUUUUGCAUACGGGCCUUGCCCCCUUCCCAUUUGUGCAUACGCCUAGCGUACAUAUUUACAGACCAGCCCCAUCCCCAGUCCCGUAACUAGCUCCUGUGCCGGACAUCAUGUCCUGCUCCGGCUCCUGCUUCCCACCCUGCCCACAACGAGGGUGUCAACCCGGCGGUUGGCCAAAACGCUCCUCCAUUGCCGGGCUUUGCUUAGAAG